AUGGCGCAAUCGCCCGUGACCCCCGUAGGCUCAAGUCUAGGACUUGGGGACGAUAAAAGCUUUUCAAAGGCCGGAGUCUCAAGCGAUCCAGGCGAUGGCGAGGUCAGCGACCGUCUUGACGUUGACGCCAGCCAUAGCGAGGAUGGCGACCACUCUAACGGACUGUACGCCCAUCGCGAGAUUUCCUUGACCGCAGAGGAAAGGAAAGCCGAAAAGAGGUUCCUUCUCAAGAUUGACUUUAUUAUCUUACCUUUGAUUGCAUCCAUUUACUUUCUCGCUGCGCUGGACCGAAGCGAUGUUGGCAAUGCGGCCGUGGCCGGCAUGACAGCCGAUCUGAACUUGACCGCCGCAGAGCUCAGUUUCUGCGUGGCCUUCUUCUACAUUGGUUUCUUGGCCUUCCAGCUUCCCGGCUCCAUCAUGGUCAGGCUGUUGACGCCCCCUAUCCAACUGGGCACUGCAUUGGUCAUCUGGGGCGGUGCCACCGCCAUCAUGACAGAAGCAAAUAACUGGCAAACCAUCGCCGGUCUCCGCAUAGUAGUCGGUUGCUUCGAAGCAUUCAUCCAAGGCGCCCCGCUGUACCUUACUUUCUGGUACAAGCCCCACGAGCUCGCCACCCGCGGUGCAAUCUUCAUGUCCAUGACGAGCCUGGCCGGGAGCAUGAAUGGCUUGAUAGCGUAUUCCAUUCAGACGACCAUGGAGGGUGCCCACGGUCGGAGGGCCUGGCGGUGGAUUUUCCUUAUCGAGGGUGUGGCGUCUGUUGGGUUUGGGGUGCUCAUCUUUUUCAUCCUGCCCAACACGCCGGAGAAGGUGAAGAGGUGGUUUACCGAGGAGGAGAAGAAGAUUGCGCUGAGGAGGACGAAGGAGGCGUAUAAUAUCCCAAACACGAAGAUUAGUUUGGGGCAGCUGAAGGCGACGGUUAGGGAUCCGAAGACGUGGUUUUAUUGUGUCAUCAACCUCGCCGCUGCCAUCAGUCAAGCAGCAUGGGGCCAGUUCUUGCCUGUGCUACUCAACCUCAACGGGUACACCCCCAACGAAGCCCAAAUCAUGUCCAUUCCUGUCUAUGUCUGCGCAGGAGUGUCGGCGAUUGCGUGCGGGUACCUUUCCGAUCGCUUCCGCAUGAGAGGAAUCUUUGUUAUCGUCGGGCUACUCGUUGCCGCGGCAGGAUGGCUUGUUCUCAUCCUCAGCAAGAACCAACAGCUCUCCUACGCGGGCACAUACUUUGUCGGCAUUGGGUCGUCACCAUGUGUGAUUGUUAUGUUGGCAUGGAUGAAUAACAAUGUCCUGGGCUACACGAAGAAGUACACCCCCUCGCGACCCCCUUUUCGGAGACAGUCACUAACAUGA